CCGGCGUCCUCGCCCGCACACUCGCGCACACCCGCGCUCCGGCGCACACGGAACAGGCACCGGCGCACGGAGCGAGCCAGCGAGCAGCGAGCAGCGAGCAGCGAGCCGGGGACCCCCGGGCUGAGCCAGCAGAGCAGCCAGAGAGUCGAGCCCACGACGACCCUACGCCCCCGCGCCCCGUAGCUGCCCCCAGCCGGCCGGUGUCCCCGCCGCCCUCCCUGACCCAUGGCGCUGAAGAGGAUUCAGAAAGAAUUAAGUGAUCUACAACGCGACCCACCUGCUCAUUGUUCAGCUGGACCCGUGGGAGAUGACUUGUUCCACUGGCAAGCAACUAUUAUGGGACCUCCUGAUAGCGCCUAUCAAGGUGGAGUCUUCUUUCUCACUGUACAUUUUCCGACAGACUAUCCUUUUAAGCCACCAAAGAUUGCUUUCACAACAAAAAUUUACCAUCCAAACAUAAACAGUAAUGGAAGUAUUUGUCUUGAUAUCCUGAGGUCACAAUGGUCACCAGCUCUGACUGUAUCAAAAGUUUUAUUGUCCAUAUGUUCUCUACUUUGUGAUCCUAACCCAGAUGACCCCUUAGUACCAGAUAUUGCACAAAUCUAUAAAUCAGACAAAGAAAAAUACAACAGACAUGCAAGAGAAUGGACUCAGAAAUAUGCAAUGUAAAAUCAAAAAAUAUUUCCUAUAUACCAGAGUACUGUAAAAUCUAGGUUUUUUUCAACAUUAGCAGUAAAUUGAGCACUGUUUACUGUUUCAUUGUACCAUGAAAUCCUUUGAUUUUUACCCAUUUUACAUGUAUUUCUGAAGCAAGACAAAACAAACUUCUAAAAAUACCCUUAAGACUGUGAUGAGAGCAUUUGUCAUUUUGUAUGCAUUGAGAAAGACAUUUAUUAUGGUUUUUAAGAUACUUGGACAUCUGUAUCUUCGGCUUACAAGAUCUGCAAUGCAUCUGAAAAGCAACCAGAUUAUUUUUUGCUGAAACUAGAUGUUUUUACAUGAGAAAUACUGUGUGUGUUGUCUAAGAUGUCACCAUUUUUAUAAAUCUGUAUUCAGAUUUCAUUCUUUGUUAGCUCACUUUAUAAUUUGUAUUUUUUUACUGUAUAGACUAAAUAUAUUCUAUUUACAUGUAUGUCAACUCAUUACCUUUUUCCUGUGAACAGUAUUGAAAAACCCAACAGCUGGUAAUUAAGUGAAUUAAUUGUCUCCCUUGUCUUAGGGUAUUCGGUAGAUUGAUUGCAGAUUUCUUAAACCUGAAAGGAUCUUUACACUGUAAUUUCUCAGUAUCCUGAUUAUGGAGAAACACUUGUUUUGAUUUUGUUAUACUUGACUUAACUUUAUUGCAAUGUGAAUUAAUUGCACUGCUAAGUAGGAAGAUGUGUAACUUUUAUUUGAUGCUAUUCACAUUUGAGUUUUUUUUCUGUAUAGGCGAUAUUAUAUUGACACCUUUUACAGAUAUUAAUGUAGCUUUUUCCAUAUAAAUAAAAUGCUUUUUCUACUA